AUGCGGCGCGACGACGGAAGGAAGCCUCUCGCCUCGCCUGACCGUACGAGCAACACAACGCAGGAGAGGAGGGAAAGGGGAGGGCAACGGAGAAAACUCCGAAAGGCGAGGGCUGGGGCGGGGAGCGCGCGCUCCCACCACACGCACCCCGCGCGCUUCGGAGGCGGACCAGGCGCGCGGGCUCGGCCCGGCCAACGCACGGAGGAGCAGCGGCGCGCCCCGACCGCGCCCCGACCUGCAUACGCCCCCGCCUCGCGCCCGGGGACUCGGCGGGCUGCUGCUGCCGCCGACGGCCCGCACACGCGCGGCAACGCGCCUCUCGGGCACCGCACUACGGCAGCCCGCUUUUUCCCUGCGGCUCAACCCCGCCGGCAGCUCGGCAGGCCCCACACCGCACACCUCCGGAGGCGACAAAACCGCCCGAGCCCGAGACGGCGACGCACCGGCUCGGGGCCCGCCGGACGGCGCUCGCAGCCGCGAAGCCGCGACCGCCCUCCCGGAACCGCCGACACCACCGGCUUCUCGCCCCGACCCCGUCCCAAGCAGGCGCGCGCCACGCCGGAAGGCGACGAGCCCCGGACGGGGGUGGGGGUGUCGGGGGGCGCCGUCCUCUCUCCCCCGUCUCCACGCGGAGAACGAGGCCCGGACGCCUCCUUACCCCCAAAACCCCCGCCGACGGGAGGCACGCCACCUCCGCCGGGCGCGGCCGAGGAGGGCGGCGUGGAAGCGGCGGGCAGGGUCCAGGCCGGGACGGUCGAGGCCGGCGGCGGGCACCUUCCGGCCGACCGAUUGGACACGGGGGGCCGAGCGGUGACGGCACCGCCGCUGGGCGGGGGGGGCUUGCCGACCUUGGGCGACGGCAGAAGCCCGAGCGCUCGCCGGGGCGGAGAGAGGGCUCGCCGAGGAGCGCAGCGCGGCCACGGAGGCACGGCGACACGGCGGCCGCCGACGCAGCGCAGACGCGCCGCCCCCCCCCGAGCGGAGGAGACGGCGCUCCCACGCCGGGGACGCCCCUUAGACGCGAGACGGGCACACAGCAAGGACGGCUUGCGGCCUAACACACGCCGCGGUCUCUCCGCGCGAGACCGGACCGCGGAGGGGGGGCGGCAGCGGGACACCUCCCCGGCACGGCUGCCCGCUGGGGGAAGGCGGGGAACGAGCACGGUAUGGGUCGGUCGAGGCAGCGCCCGGCGGGUGGGGAGGGGAGGAAGGGGGUUGGGGAGAAGCCUUUCCGGGAGCGGACUCCCACGGCACGGCCUUCCACCAUACACCACCGCCACCGCACCACCGCCACGCCACCAGCGGAGGCGCCACCGCCGGCUCAAAACUACACCGCUUCCCCCGGGGUCGCAUCGAGCCGCCCGCGUCUUUAAACCGCCGCCCGGCCGCGCAGCCUUCGACCCCCGGGGCUCGCCGAGGGAGGGCUGCGCAGAAACGCGGACGCUAGGUACCUGGCCCUGGGGUGAGGGAAACGACCUGCAGGGCCCCGCGGCGGUGCCUCCCCCGCUGCCACCAUCGGGGGAGCGUCCGCCCGCGGGGGCGCGCCCGACGUCCGCCGCCAACACCUCGUCCUUCCUUACCCGGGGGGCCGGGGUUUCCCUCAGUGACCCGGCGCUGCGCCCGAGAGGAGACACGUGGCUGGGGCCGCCCGCUCGCGCGGGGACGCGGCCCGGCGAGGGGGGGAGACACGCCUCGCGCCUCGCCCACCGACGGCGCGGCUCACCCCCUCCACCCGCUCGCGGCUCCCCCCCCCCCUCCCUCCCGUAG